AUUGCAACAAAGUUGGGACAUUAUCAACAUUUUUUGUUUUCCAACAAAAAACGACGCAAUCUAUUAUUUUACGGUCACAUAUUCAUCUAAAUCUAAUUGAUUGAGUGAAAAUUUUCUUUUUUUGUAUUUGUUUUUGUUAUUCUUCUAAACAUAAUUGCAAAUUCAAAAAUUUCGAUCCAUUUUACAACAGAAUCAGAAAAAAAAUGAAACAAUACGGAGAAUCCAAAGUUGAUUCAUCAUUAGUGUUGGCCAUCGGUGCCAUCAUUAUCGGUCUAAUUUUCAUUGUAUCGGGCGCGAUUGUAUCUGGUAUCGCGUAUACGGAAAUCACACCACCAAACUAUGAUGAUAAUUAUGAUCGUUAUAUUGGAUCCAGUGUACCACGAUUAUUAGGACCAUUUUUAUUAGUAUUCGGUCUAUUUAUUGUUGUCGGUAGUGGUGUUAUGGCCGGUCUGAAAACAAUGCGUGAAAAUGGAAAAGCUUAUCAUGGAAUUGCACAGCCAACAAUGUAUUCGGCAGCAGAUAUUGAUCAGGAUGAUUCACCACCAUCACAUGAGGAAAAGGUGUAAAUUUUUUUGUUUUCACAAGAAAAAAUGUUUAAAAAAUCAAAAAAAA